AUGGCGCAAGGAGGUAGGGGUGGUCAGGUUGGUGGGGAUGACUACAGUGAUGCCAAGCAUUUAUUGGAUAGCAUAGGGAAAAAAGUACACGACGAAAUAGUGAAAAAGGAUGCUAAAACUUAUAUUGGUGAAUUGGCAGGACUGUUGUCACAAGCAUCAAUUUUUGGUGGGGAAACAGUUGCCUUCUCAGAACCGUGCGGACUUAUAAAAAAUGAAAGUCAGAAACUUGCUGCUCUCGGUGAUCCGUGCGGAAGUGCAAGUGAAAAACGUUUUUCUAAAGAACGUGUCGAUGAAUAUGAUAAGAAAAAAAUAAAAUGUAGUAAUAGUGAAGGAGCUUGCGCUCCAUAUAGACGAUUGCACGUAUGCGACAAAAAUAUGGUAAAAAUGGACACAAAUAAUGAUAGUAAAGCUAAACAUGAUUUAUUGUUGGAUGUGUGUCUUGCAGCAAAGUAUGAAGGAGAGUCAUUAAAAACAUAUCGUGCACAAUAUGAUGAACAAUAUCCUUCUUCUGUUUCUACUUUUACAAUGUGUACUAUGUUAGCACGAAGUUUUGCCGAUAUAGGUGAUAUUGUCAGAGGAAGAGAUUUGUAUCGUGGCAAUAGAAAGAAAAAUGAAACAAAAACAGAAAGAGAAAAAUUAGAUGAUAAGUUGAAAGAAAUUUUCGAAAACAUUAGGAAAGAGAAUAAUUCAAAACUUAAAUCCCUUACAGAUGACCAAAUUAGGGAAUAUUGGUGGACUGCUAAUAGAAACGAUGUAUGGAAAGCUAUCACAUGUAGCGCGGACAAGGGUAAUACAUAUUUUCGAGCAACGUGCAUUGAUCUUAAUGAAAGUCCAUCUAUGGCUAGAGACAAAUGCCGCUGUAAGGACAAAAGCUUCACAAAAGAGACCGACCAAGUCCCCACAUAUUUCGACUACGUUCCGCAGUUUCUUCGCUGGUUCGAGGAAUGGGCAGAAGAUUUUUGUCGUAAAAAGAAGAAAUAUGUUGAUAUAGUUAAAACAUAUUGUCGUAAUGAAACAAAAGGAAAAUAUUGUAGUUUGAAUGGCUACGAUUGCACGAAAACUAAACCAGCGAUUGGUAGAUUGCGUAUGGGUAAUCAAUGUACUAAAUGUUUUUUUGCAUGUUAUCCUUAUGAAAAAUGGAUAGAUAAGAAAAAAGAAGAAUUUCUAAAACAAAAACAAAAAUACGAAAAAGAAAUGGAAAAAUAUACAAACGAAGCAUCAGGUAGUACUGGUGGUAGGGCAAAACGAUCUGUAAGUACUACUAAUUAUGAUGGAUAUGAAAGUAAAUUUUAUAAAAUACUUAAAGAUAAAUAUAAGGAUGAGGGCCUUAAUAAAUUUUUAGAAAAAUUAAGUAAUGAAGAUGUAUGCACAAAAGUUGACGACGAAGGAGGAAAAAUUCGUUUUGAAAAAGUUAAUAGUGGUGGUACUGCUCGUAGUGGUGGUACUAGUGGUACUAGUAGUACUAGUGGUGAUAGUGGUACCAAUGAUAUUAAUAAUAAAACAUUUUAUCGUUCAAAAUAUUGCCAACCCUGUCCUCUAUGUGGAAUGAAAAGGACCAAAAAUGGUGGUAACAAAUGGGAAGAGAAAAGUGGUGGCAACUGCAAGAGUGGAAAACUUUAUAGGCCUAAAGGUGGCAAAGAUGUUACUCCUAUUAGAAUCCUUAAGAGUGGUGAAAACCAUGAUGAUAUUGAAGAAAAAUUAAACGCAUUUUGCCAAGCACAAAAUGGUACUGGUGGUGUUGCAAAUGGUAGUGGUAGUGGCACUAGUGAUAGUCAGAAACUGUAUCAAGAAUGGAAAUGUUAUCAACUUGAAGAGCUGACGAAAGUUGUUCAGGAUGGUGUGGAGGACGAGGAUGACGAGGAUGACGAGGUCUAUGACAAGGAGGUAGAAGGCGCAGGCGGAUUAUGUAUAUUAAAAAAAAAAAAAGAAAAAAGUGAAGGCAAAUCUCAAAACGACCCUGAUGAAAUCCAAAAGACAUUCCAUAAUUUUUUUUACUAUUGGGUGGCACAUAUGUUAAAAGAUUCCAUACAUUGGAGAACAAAAAAACUUGAUAAAUGUUUACAAAAUGGUAAGAAAAAAUGUGGAAAAAAAAUAUGUAAUGGUGAUUGUGAUUGUUUUAAAAGAUGGGUUGAACAAAAAAGAAAAGAAUGGGACCCAAUAAAAAAACAAUUUAGCAAGCAAAAAGGUAUUCCAUUUGGGUGUUAUUUCACAACUCUUGAAGGUGUUUUACAAUUAGAAUUUUUGAAUGAAAAUACUGAUGAAGAUGCCGAAAAUAAUGUGAGUGCAGAGGAGGCAAAGGAAAUACAACACCUUCGCCAAAUGUUGAAACAAGCAGGUGUUGCUAUUGGUCUUGAUGCUCUUGGUGGCUGUGGUACCGGUGGUGACUCCGACAAUGAAAAAGAAACUUUAAUGGAUAAAUUUCUCGAAGAGGAAGAACAAUUUGCCGAAAAAUGCAUAAAAAAAUGCCAAGAAACGCAAAAACAACCCACUGGAGAUGGUGUUGCCGACACCUCACCCGACCCCUCACGUGACACCAACGUUGACCCCGAGCAGGAGGAAGAAGAAGAAGAAGACGACUCCGAAGAGCAGGACGCCACGGUGAACGGACCGGAGGACGGAGGGGGGGAGGCAACACAACAACCACAGGGACCAUCGGAAAAAAAAGAGGAAGUAAAGGUGUGCGAAACAGUGAAAACCGCACUCGGGGGCAAUUUGGAUGAAGCAUGUAACCAAAAAUAUGGUCUACCACAACGACAUUGGGGGUGGAAGUGCAUACCAAGUGGUAGUGGUAGUACUGCCACAAGGGAGGGUGAAGGUAGUAGUGAUGGAGGUGCUAAGGAUGGUGUUGGUGUAAAUGGUGGUGUUCUCCAACGUGCCCGACGUGGUACACCUGGUGAGAAAACCGCCACAUCUAGUGAUAGUGGCGCCAUUUGUGUGCCACCGCGAAGACGACGAUUAUAUGUCACACCACUAACGAGAUUGGCAGGUGGUGAUAAAGACACGCAGGCGUCAGUGUCACCACAGGUGGUUGGUGAGACACCACAGGUUUCCACUCCGGCGUUAACUUCGCCGCCGCCGUCUGACCCACGCGCCGACGUCGACUUGGUUAAAGCCUUCGUGGAAUCGGCCGCGGUUGAGACGUUUUUUUUGUGGGAUAGGUACAAAAAAGAGUGGGAACACAGGAACAAGAAGCCACAGGACGGAUUACUACUAUUCGGCGAGUCAACAGCAUCAGAUCAUAUGGCAGCACUAAGUCACACCGGUGGACCACAACAACAACCCGGUUCAGUCAGUGAUGAUCCCCAAUCCAAAUUACAAAAAAGUGGUGAAAUCCCCACAGAUUUCUUGCGACAGAUGUUUUAUACAUUAGGUGAUUAUAGGGAUAUAUGCAUAGGUGGUGACCGCGAUAUCGUGGGCGACACUAUUGUUAGUAACACAGAGGGUGGUACCCCUACAAAAAUAUCGGAGAAAAUAGAACAAAUUUUAAGCAAACAAAGUGGCACACAUCCUCCCACACCUCCUGGUCCCCCACAAACUAGUGUCGAAAAAACCACACGAGAAUCCUGGUGGAAUGCACACGCCCCUUCCAUUUGGAAAGGCAUGAUAUGUGCUUUAACAUACAAAGAUGGCGAAGAGGGCAAAUCACCACAAGUGGAUACCACUGUGCAAAAGGAACUUUUGGAUAAAGACGGCAAACCCCUAAACCCCCAAUACCAAUACACAAAUGCCAAACUCGAAGAAAAAAACAGUGGUGCCAAACAAAACCGAAACCCCACAGCCCCUAGUGAUAACAAACCCACCACCCUCGUCGACUUUAUUUCUAGACCCCCCUAUUUCCGAUACCUUGAAGAAUGGGGAGAAAAUUUUUGUAAAGAGAGGAAAAAGAGGUUGAAACAAAUUAAAGUGGAGUGUAAGGUGGAUCAAGAUAAUGAUAAAAAUGGUAAAAAAUGUAGUGGUUAUGGGGAAGAUUGUCAUGAUAAUGUUUUUAAUAACAAUUAUACUACUUUUCCGGAUUUUUAUUGUCCAGAUUGUGGUAAAUAUUGUAGUUCUUAUAGAAAAUGGAUAGAAAGAAAGGGAAAAGAAUUUAUUAAACAAAAAAACGCAUAUAAGGAACAAAAAACAAAUUUCCAAACGCAAAGUGAGACUGCUAAAGAAUUUUUACAGAAGUUAGGAUCAUGUAAAAAUAAUAAUAGAAAUGAGAAUGCAGAGGAUAAUAACAAAAUUUUUGAGGAUAAUGGCGAUACAUUUGAACCUGCAAAAGAUUGUAAACCAUGUUCUCAAUUUAGAGUUAAAUCAGAAAAGUGUAAUUGCAGGAGUUCUGGUAAAGGAAAUACCUGCAAUGAUAAAAAUAGUAUUGAUGUAAAUGAUAUUGGAGAUGGAGGGAAUUCUACUGUACUAGAAAUGCGUGUCAGUGAUGAUAGUAAAAGUGGAAGUGGAUUUGAUGGUUUAGGCGAAUGUAAAGAAGCACAUAUCUUUAAAGGUAUUAGAAAAGAUGUAUGGACUUGUGAAAAGGUAUGUGGUUAUAAUGUGUGUAAACCGAUAAAAGUCGAUGGGAAAGAAAAUGGUGAAAACCAAAUUAUAAUUAUUAGAGCAUUAUUUAAACGAUGGCUAGAAUAUUUUUUAGAAGAUUAUAAUAAAAUUAGAAAAAAAUUAAAGCCUUGUAAGAAAAACGGUGAAGGAUCUCCAUGUAUAAAAGAUUGUGAUAAAAUAUGUGAAUGUGUAACUAAAUGGAUAGAAAAGAAAAGGACAGAAUGGACAAAUAUAAAAAAACAUUACCUAGAAAAAAAACAUGAAAAGGGUGACGAUGGCAUGACUUCUUUGGUUAAAAAUUUUUUGGAAGACUUGCAAGAUCGACCUGAAUUUCAAAACGCUAUAAAACCUUGUAAUGAUUUAAAUGCGUUCGAGAAGUCUUGUGGUCUUCAUGGCGCUGAGAUCUCACAAAAAAAAGAAGGUGAAGAUUACGAUCUUGUUCUAUGUUUACUUAAAAAGCUUGAAGAAAAAGCAAAAAAGUGUAAAGAGGACCACUCUAGUGGCGAACAAACAGAAAAAGAGUGUCAAGAAUACCCUCCCUUACCUGACGAAGAGUAUGAAAAUGAAGACGAAAAUGAAAAAACAAACAUACAACCUAAAUUUUGUCCAAAACAACAAACACCACCAAAACAAGAGGAUGAAGACGGUUGUGUCCCAGCAGAAGCACCUAAAGAAGUAGUACCUGAGAAAAAAGUGCCAUCUGAUCCACCCCCGGCACCGGCCCCUGCGGCCCCUCCAUCAACCCCUGCAGCACCAAAACACCCUCGUGGUGGUGAAGAAAAAAAAGCAAAACCGUCAUUACCAAACCCCCCAACUGUGUUCGACAACCCCCAUGUUAAAACUGCCCUUGUGACCUCCACCCUCGCCUGGAGCGUUGGCAUCGGUUUUGCUGCAUUCACUUAUUUUUAUCUAAAGAAAAAAACCAAAUCUCCUGUGGACCUCUUACGUGUACUUGAUAUCCACAAAGGUGAUUAUGAUAUACCGACAAAACUUUCACCCAAUAGAUAUAUACCUUAUACUAGUGGUAAAUACAGAGGCAAAACAUACAUUUACCUUGAAGGAGAUAGUGGAACAGAUAGUGGUUACACCGAUCAUUAUAGUGAUAUUACUUCAUCUUCCGAAAGUGAAUAUGAAGAAUUGGAUAUUAAUGAUAUAUAUGUACCAGGUAGUCCUAAAUAUAAAACGUUGAUAGAAGUGGUACUAGAACCUAGUGGUAACAACACAACAGCUAGUGGUAAAAACACAACAGCUAGUGGUAAAACACAAAGUGGUAACAACACAACAGCUAGUGGUAAAAACACACCUAGUGAUACACAAAAUGAUAUACAAAAUGAUGGUAUACCUAGUAAUAAAUUUAGUGAUAAUGAGUGGAAUACAUUGAAAGAUGAUUUUAUAUCUAAUAUGUUACAAAAUGAACCAAAUACAGAACAAAAUAUGUUAGGUUAUAAUGUGGAUAAUAAUACCCAUCCUACCAUGUCACGUGAUAAUAUGGAAGAAAAACCUUUUAUUACUUCUAUUCAUGAUAGAGAUUUAUAUACUGGAGAAGAAUAUAAUUAUAAUGUUAAUAUGAGUACUAAUAAUGUUGAUAUUCCAAUGAGUGAUAAAAAUGGUAACUAUACUGGUAUAGAUUUAAUUAAUGACACGUUAAGUGGUAACCAUAAUGUUGAUAUUUAUGAUGAAUUGUUGAAAAGAAAAGAAAAUGAAUUAUUUGGGACAAAUAAUCCAAAACGUACAAGUACAUAUAGUGUUGCAAAAAAUACAAACAGUGAUCCUAUACUCAAUCAAAUAAAUUUGUUUCAUACAUGGUUAGAUAGACAUAGAGAUAUGUGCGAACAGUGGGAUACAAACAAUAAAAAAGAGGAAUUGUUAGAUAAAUUAAAAGAAGAGUGGGAAAAUGAGACACAUAGUGGUAACACUCACCCUAGUGAUAGUAACAAAACGUUAAAUACUGACGUUUCUAUUCAAAUACAUAUGGAUGAUCCCAAAACUACAAAUGAGUUUACAUAUGUGGAUAGUAACCCCAACCAAGUGGAUGACACCUACGUGGAUACAUACCCUAAUAAUUCUUCCAUGGAUACUAUCUUGGAGGAUCUGGAAAAAUAUAAAGAACCUUAUUAUGAUGUGCAAGAUGAUAUUUAUUAUGAUGUAAAUGAUGAUCAUGAUACAUCAACUGUGGAUAGUAAUAAUAUGGAUGUUCCUAGUAAAGUACAAAUUGAAAUGGAUGUAAAUACCAAAUUGGUGAAAGAGAAAUAUCCUAUAGCAGAUGUAUGGGAUAUAUAA